CUCAUUAUUCUAGCCGAAGAAUAAACUAUUUAAAUAUCUGAGUCAGAGCUGGGAUGAUGUUGAUGCAAAUUAUGAGAGGGUGUUUUUGCAAUUUAAUCACCAAAGUUUUAAGGACACCUGUUUGGAGUAACAGGCUCUAUUGGUGCCCAAAACUUGUAUGAACCUGAUUGUUCAUAAACUGUUAAAAAAUAUUAAGAUAAACAAUGAUAAAAAAUGAUGCAGCCAGAGAACCAAGCUUUGUUCAAUAAUUAUUGUGCUUGGUUUUCUACUAGUGUUCAAAGAGAUUCAGUAAAGAAUUGGGAUCAUAUUGGCUCACUUUGGGAUUUGUUGUAUAUAUGAUUUUAAGACAAUCCUAAAAAUUCCAGACUGAUUGGAUUAAGGGCAAUUUUGGGAAAUGGUUUUGAAGUUUCUAAAAACCUUUGGGGGGAAAGUUACUGAAGAUUUUGAGGAUGCUGUUUUUAUCUUUUCUGAUGAUCAGACAUCUGCCGAUACAAGAAGAGUAUUCCAAAAGGUUGAAAAUAAGCAUUUGGUUUUGUUUAAAUCUUCUUGGAUUAAUGAUGCAAUAUCAUUUUCAAAAUCUUCAAUGUUGAGUACCAAAGGCAUUGAGAAAUAUAUUUUGCUACCUGAAGACUUGGAGGAGGAGUUGAAGUUAUACUCUGACUUCGAAAAAUGGCAGAAUCAACAUGAUACAUGCAACAACUACAAAGCUGAGUUAGCUAGAAGAACAUUGUUAACCGCAGUAUCAAGUCAGUCAAACAAAGCAGGAUCUGUAAUUAAUUUAGAAUCAACUCAGUCAAAUAAAUCAGGAUCUGAAAUUAAUUGCAAAUCAACUCAGUCAAACAAAGCAGAAACUUUAAUUAAUUACAAAACAAGUGAAAAAGGUCAAAAUUUUGACUUAAAGCAACAAAUAAAACCAAGUCAUGAUUUGUUUGAUGAUUCUAAUGCUGACCAUUCCAAAAGGAAAAAAAUAUGUAAAAAUGUUCUAAACCCACUAGAAGGGAGUAGUGAAUUGGUUUACCAACCAUCGAAAGAGCUUUUAUCUCCAUCAAGAAAGUUCUUGCCGGCUAAAGAUUUCAUUCAAGAUGGAUUCAACCAAUCAGUUUUACUUUUUAACAGAGCUUCUCCAACUAAAUCAACAUAUAAUUUAAGACAUUUUAAAAGUUCCAACGACAUGAUGAAAGAUUCACAGGAUAAAAGCAAUAUAUCGAAAGAACCUAAUAAAAUUAGUUGUUUAAAAGAAACAUUGCCACAAUCAAAAAUAUUAACUCCAAGUGUUUUAUUGACUCCUAUAAAACUCAGUGAUCAAAAAAAUUUAAUUUUCUCCUUGAAUAAGUCUGAAAGCAGCCCAAAAAAUAAAAAAACAAAGUUAAAAGCAUCAGAAGUUAUUUCAACAGAUCUUAAUGUUUCACCAUCAGAUUCCAUGAAACUCACAAGUUUAAGAAUGCAGCCAAAACGAACUCGAAAAAGUAUUAAUUAUGAUGAAACAUCAGAAGUUAUUUCAACAAAUCUCAAUGUUUCCCCAUCUGAUUCCAUGAAACUCACAAGUUUAAGAAUGCAGCCAAAGCGAACUCGAAAAAGUAUUAAUUAUGAUGAGGCAUCAGAUGAAGAUAUGAAUCAUGAUACUAGCCAUAAAGAAGAUUCUUCUGAGGAAGAAAGAGAAUUUUCUAAUAAAAAAAGAAAACGAAAGCUCUACAAGCACAAUCAGCAUCUUGUUGAUGAGAUUUUAACUCCUGUAACUGUUAAUUUGAAACCAAUAGUCCACAUCUCUCCUACAGAUAUCAACAACACUUUGAAUUUAAACAAAAAUGUGAAUCAAGUAAAAGAAGUUAAUAAAUCUCCUCAUCAAUCUUCAUCUAAAGAUACAGAUAGAGAUCAUCAAAAAACUGCUGAUGUUAUGAAGGAACAUAUUAAGACAAUGAAACAUAAACGUUUAGGAGUUAACAAUGUUGAUGAUUUUAUAAUUGGUUCCUUUGCAGGAUUCAAUCAUAUUGACGAUCUCGAUAUCCCACUUUUAUCAUUGGAGGAUUUUAUUGUAAACAAAUGUGGCUGUCGAGUUACAUUGCGUGAAUUGAAUGUUUGAUCUUCGUAAAUAAAAAUCAUAAAUAAACGUAAUAUUUACAAGACUUAUUGUAAAUAUUAUUCAAUUUGUAUAUAGUAAAUAUCGAAAUAAAGGUUUUUUUGUUUAAUAUAUAUUUGUGUUU